GCGAUCAGCUGAUUGGCGCAUCACUUCCUGUUUGGUUCUCCCGGUGUGUCGGAGAUCAGCUCGAGUGUCUCGAAGAUUAACCGCAAAUUCUGCGGCUUUUUCACAUUCGGGCCUUCGUACCCACGGGCUGUUCAUGGACGCUUCGGAAUGCGAGGAGGAUUUGUGUAAUGAGAGGACGGCACUCAUGAGCACAGAGAGUCCCUGUGUGCAGCCGUAUGACCAACGGCAUGAGUCGGCCAGGGACCCUGACGCUCCCCGGCGUCGUCCCGUUAACUCCGAGCCGACGGACACGAGGCGAGUCUCCGGAAGCGAAGUGAUACCGGAUGGCGAGGAAGAAGAGGUGACGCUGAAGUACGGCGCGAAACACGUGAUCAUGCUCUUCAUCCCUGUCACGCUUUGCAUGCUGGUCGUCGUGGCGACCAUCAAAUCCGUCAGCUUCUACACAGAGAAAAACGGCCAGCGCUUGUUCUAUACUCCUUUCGCCGAGGACCCGAACAAAGUGGGCGAGAGGUUACUGUCGUCGUUUCUCAACACCAUCGUGAUGAUCAGCGUGAUAGUGGUCAUGACCAUCUUCCUGGUCCUGCUGUAUAAGUAUCGCUGCUAUAAGUUUAUCCAUGGCUGGCUGAUGCUCUCCUCCCUGAUGCUGCUCUUCUGGUUCAGCUACAUGUAUCUGGAGGAGGUGUUCAGGACCUACAACUUGGCUAUGGAUUAUCCGACUGUGGCCAUAAUGAUCUGGAACUUCGGCGCUGUGGGGAUGAUCUGUAUCCACUGGAAAGGGCCCCUGCAGCUGCAGCAGGCCUACCUCAUCAUGGUCAGCGCCCUCAUGGCUCUCAUCUUCAUCAAAUACCUGCCCGAGUGGUCUGCCUGGGUCAUCCUGGCUGGCAUCUCCAUCUACGAUCUGGUGGCUGUUCUGAGCCCUAAAGGUCCUCUGAGGAUGUUGGUGGAGACGGCGCAGGAGAGGAACGAGCCCAUCUUCCCCGCACUCAUUUACUCCUCUGCUAUGGUGUGGAUGGUGGGAAUGGCCAAUCCGUCUCCGGCUGCCAACACUGACGAGGAAGCGCCAGUCAGCGAGGACGGGGCGUCAGAGAGAGAAGGGGCGGAGUCUCGUGGCGUGCUGCCGCAGGGGCGGAGCAGGAGCCACUCUGCAGAAGAGGACCUGGAGGAAGACCGGGGCGUGAAGCUUGGAUUAGGAGACUUUAUCUUUUACAGCGUCCUGGUGGGAAAAGCAGCAGCCACGGGUGGAGACUGGAACACUACACUCGCCUGCUUCGUAGCCAUCCUGAUUGGUCUGUGCUUGACUCUCCUGCUGCUGGCCAUCUUCAAAAAAGCUCUCCCGGCUCUUCCUAUCUCCAUCACCUUUGGCCUGGUCUUCUACUUCUCCACCGACAACCUGGUGCAGCCGUUCAUGGACACCCUGGCAGCUCAUCAGUACUACAUCUGAUCCCCGAAUCCUCCAUCACCAACACCACCACGACACAACCUGCAAACAACCACAAAGCCUUCGAUUUCACCCUCGUCCGUAAGCACGCCGGAGGCAGGCAGGACGUGCCGGGGAUCUCCAGUACUGAGUAGUUAUGGAUCCGGAUCCAUCACAGCAUACAACCGACCCUAGAUCACGUGAUGUUCACUGCAAAGCUGGAUUGGCUUUUCAAUAAUCAAAGAGCUUUCUGACCGGGGUUUCACCUACCAUUACUGCUUAUUAAUUACCCCAUCCAACCCCUCCAACAACCACCACCCCAACCCCCCAAACAGCCCCUCCAACAACCCCACCAACAGCCCUUUCAACAAACUAUCCAACAACUCUUCCAACAACCACCACCCCAACCCCCAAACAGCCCCUCCAGCAACCCCGUCAACAGCCCCUCCAACAACCACCACCCCAACCCCCAAACAGCCCCUCCAACAACCCCACCCACAGCCCUUCCAACAAACUAUCCAACAACUCUUCCAACAAACACCACCCCAACCCUCCAAACAGCCCUCUAACAACCCCUUCAACAGCCCCUCCAACAACCCCACCAACAAACUAUCCAACAACCACCACCCCAACCCCCAAACAGCCCCUCCAACAACCCCACCAACAGCCCUUCCAACAAACUAUUCAACAACCUUUCCAAUGACCGCUACCCCAACCCCCAAACAGCUUCUCCAACAACCCUCCAACAACCACCACCCCAACCCCCAAACAGCCCCUCCAACAAACUAUUCAACAACCUUUCCAAUGACCGCUACCGAACCCCUCUAACAACCCCUUCAACAGCUCCUCCAGCAACCACUACCCCAACCCCCAAACAGCUUCUCCAACAGCCCCUUCAAUGACCACCACUCCAACCACAUUCAGGUUUUCAUGUUUAUUUUUUCAAUUAUUAUGAAAUUAGAACUUUGUCCUCAACACGAAAAACGGUGAGAUGAGCAAAUGUUAGCAUUCGUAUCGAUGCGGAUGUCAAGGACAAAAAAAACUAAAAGAUAAAUAAGAACAAAUAUUUUAUCCAGACCAAACCUGAGACUGAAAUCACACUACAACCUACACUGCAGAAAUCGCACUUCAUCCCAGAUGUGUUUAGUGGGGUUGGAGCUCUAUAGUCAGAUCAUCUUCCACAUCUUCCAACUCAUGUACAGCAGAUCUUCAUGGAGCUCUCUUUGUGUUCAAGUUGAAGCGAAAAUUUUAUUACACUGCAUCUAAAGACGUCCUGUACAAUUGUGUGCCUCCAGCUUUGAGGUAACAGUUUGGACAAGAACCAAAAAUGGCAGGAAAGUUCAGGUGUCCCAAUACUUUCGGCCCAAAUUAUAAAUGAUUGUUCCCUCACCGGCUCGUCACGUGACCGGGAAACGUGAUCCUCCGUCCUCUGACUCUGGAGUCUUCCUCCUUGAACGACGGAUUCCAUCACUAUAUUAAGAACUUUACGUUCUCUUGACGCAGGCGUGGUAACGUAUACGCCGUAACCGAUGAAGCGAUGGUUAAAAAAAAAAAAACACGUGAUUAAAUGAAGGGGUCCAAUCACCGACUUGUGAACGGAAGGAAUAUUUUAGAUCCAAUAAAAAUUUUAAAAACAUCUGAAACAUCUUGAUAACGUUUGCGGAAUAAAUAUAUGGAGACCCUGACGUUCCUGCAUGUGCAGGAACGAAGUCUCUGCAUUGGUUCGAAUGUUACAGUUGAUGGCUGAAGAUUUGUUUGACUUGAAUUUUUGACCAAUCAGUAGUGAGCUUUUUAUUUUAUUCUAAUUAUUAAGCUUUUAUUCCCCUCAUCUUUGCACAUUAAACGUGACCGGGACGAUAAAGGAAGCGGUCCCUCGGCUUUGUCUCCCGAAGAAGAAGAAAAACAUGUAGUGGUGUGUUUUGUAGCUUCCUGUGUAAAGAUGUUUUUUUGUACCUUUGUGUAAUAACGUGCGGAAGAAUUAAGUAAAUAAACACCUCGAAAAAAUGAGAAAUUAUUAAAACAAUAAUAAUAAAUAA